AUGGACAGGCCAAGAAACAAGAAGAACAUGAUGGGAAAGAGAAGAAAGAGCAAGAAAGAAGACAUCAAAGUUGUCUACAUCUCAAGCCCUAUCAAGGUGAAGACGAGCGCGUCGGAGUUUCGAGCUCUGGUCCAAGAGCUCACCGGAAAAGAUUCCGACAUCGCCGAUUCCCACUUCGGCGACCAUCUUCACGAUUUCUCUCCGACCAAUUCGGUUUCCGAUCACCGGGGAGAAUUCGAACGAGACUAUUUCCCGGCGAUGGAGAUGAAGGGUUCGGCCGGCGAGUCGCCGAGUUGCUCCGAUCACCAGAAUAUUCUUCAGAUGGAAGAUAGUUUUGUGGAGGCGCUGUUGUCUUCCGUGUCGUUUAAUGAGUACACUUCAGGUUAUGGUAUGAACACACCGUAA